AUGGCUUCUCCUCGUGCUGCUUCCCCCCUGACCUCUGGUGCCGAGUCUGGCCCAGACUCCAAGGCUUCUGGCUCUGGCGCUGGAGCUGCUGGCUCUGUUUCUUCCGUGGCCCGUACCUCCUCUCCCACUCCCCCCGGUGGUCCUCGAGCUGCUUUGCGUCGUCGCGCGGCUGCCGACCACAAGGAGUCUCUGCGCAAUGCCAGACCCAGCUCGACUCGCGCUGCCGGUGCCGGUGGCUCUUCCGGUACCAUGCUCAAGCUCUACACUGACGAGAGCCCUGGCUUGAGGGUCGACCCUGUUGUCGUCUUGGUUCUGAGCUUGGGCUUCAUCUUUUCCGUCGUUGGUCUGCAUGUCAUUGCCAAGAUCACUCGCAAGUUCUCCUCGUGA